ACUCCUCCUCCCACCCCUUUAAUUUCCACAACAAUUAGAGAUGGCUUAAUUUCAUCUUUCCUUUGGCCUUUCUUCUCUACUAAUAACUUCAUUAACUUAGUUAUAUAUUUUUCAAAUUACAAUUGAAGAGAGAGUUAGAUCAAAAAGCGGAAAAGAUGUUGGACUAUAACUGGGGAGAGCAAUCAUCUGUUAUGCUUUCGAACGACGAGCAAAAUCAAGAAAAUGACCAAAAUCGUGACUUCUUUGACCCUUAUGGGCCUAAUACUCAAACUUUCACUGAAAAUCCAUACCCUCAUCAACAUUUUCCUACCAUUCAACAACAAAAUCAUCAAUUUUUUCACACCCAAAACAACCCUACUACCCUUUAUGACCCACGUGGUUAUGAAACUUGUUACACCCCCCACCCCCAAAGUUCAAUCCUACAACAAAAUAGUGGGUUUAUGGUUGUGCCAAAAAGUGAACCACAUCAAUUUGUGGGUAGUGGUGGAGGAAUUGAUUUUGGGAGUAGUAGUAAUAGUAGUAGAAUUGGGUUGAAUUUAGGUGGAAGGACUUAUUUUUCAUCUUCUGAAGAUGAUUUUGUGAAUCGACUUUAUCGACGCAGUAGAGCAGUUGAAACUGGUUCAAUAAUGAAUACUCCUAGAUGUCAAGCUGAAGGUUGUAAUGCUGAUCUUACUCAUGCCAAACAUUAUCAUAGAAGACACAAAGUUUGUGAAUUUCACUCCAAAGCUUCUACUGUUAUCGCCGCUGGCUUGACUCAACGAUUCUGUCAACAGUGCAGCAGGUUCCAUUUGUUGUCGGAAUUUGAUAACGGGAAGAGAAGUUGCAGGAAACGUUUAGCAGAUCACAAUCGAAGGAGGAGGAAAAAUCAACAAGCAAACUUAGAAAACAGCAAUAAAUCUCAACUUGAUAGUACCAGAAAUUCACCAUCCCACACUCUUGCUACUGAUUCAGGAGCUCAUUGUUCAUCAGUGACAGUAGCAAUUUCUCCACCAAGAAUCUCACUUGAUGUUUUUAGGCAAAGACCAUAAUAAAUUAUGCUAAGUAUCACUUCUUAAUUAAUUAUUACUAUAUAUCUAGCUACUAAUAGAGUAAAAUGAUUAAUAUGAAGUAUUAAGAAUUAUAUGUUAACCCUUUUAAUUAUUAAUUAGUAUGUAUUAUUAGAAUUAUGUUAAUCCUUGUAUUUUGUAGGGGACUUUUAAUUGUAUUAAUGUCACAUGUAGCAAGAAACAUAUAUUAAUUAUUAAGAAUUC